GACUUGACAUCUUGUUUUUACAGGUUGUUAUUGAUGCCUUCAGAUUGAUCAAUGCUAAUAUGAUGGUCUUAGGACAUGAACCAAGACAAACAACUUCAAAUCUGGGUCACUUAAACAAGCCAUCUAUCCAGGCACUAAUUCAUGGACUAAACCGACAUUACUAUUCCAUCACCAUCAACUACAGGAAGAAUGAACUAGAACAGAAGAUGUUGCUAAAUUUGCAUAAGAAGAGUUGGAUGGAAGGUUUGACACUUCAGGACUACAGUGACCAUUGCAAACUCAAUGAAACAGUAGUGAAGGAGAUGUUAGAGUUAGCUAAGAAUUACAACAAGGCUGUUGAGGAAGAAGAUAAGAUGACACCUGAACAGCUGGCAAUAAAAAAUGUUGGCAAGCAGGACCCCAAACGUCAUUUAGAAGAGCAUGUGGACGUGCUGAUGACCUCAAACAUUGUCCAGUGUUUAGCUGCUAUGUUGGAUACAGUUGUAUUUAAAUAACCAAUUUACCGUUUGUGAUGCUUUCUGUGUAUAUUUGUUUAUUGUUUCUAAUACUCACAAAACAGAGACUGUUGAGGCUCUAUUUCAUUAAACAGAGACAUCUGACUUUAUUUGCAAUGUAAGUGCAUCACUAUAACACCUUUCAGUCUCUCAUUGUGCAUUUGCUUCAUUUUCUUUAUGUCAGGGUCCUCACAGAUUACAAAGUAUUCAAGAACACCAUGUGGGCAAAAAUGUAUUACAUUUUCAUUUAACAUUUGGGGGGAAAAUCAGUAAUACAUAUAUAUUUUGAUUGUUGCAACUUAAUAAAAUUACAUUUACAAACCUG